CUUCUGCUUGCGAUCCACGGAAAGCAAUGAAUUUUGCGAAUUUUAUCAUCACUUUCAGCAAGAUGAAGAUGAUGAUGAUGUCGGGGGGAAAAGACAGGAUUUCAAUUCCAGACCAGUUACAUCUAAAUUGUAGAUCAUGUUUUCGACAGUUCAUGGACUAUGAAGUUGAUGUCGGAGAAAAGACAGGGAUUUCAAUUCCAAACCAGGUACAUCUAAAUUCUAUAACAUGUUCUCAACAGAUCAUGAACUGUGAAGUUACGAGGGUUAAUUGUAUCCUGAAAAGCUUUUGCUAACCACUUGAUUGGAACGUGGAAGUCAAAUUUAGCUGCUCAGGUUUGUCGAUUUUCAGGUAAUAAUUUAUGUAGUUUGUUAAGCAGGAAUAUCAUUGGUCUAUAAUUUUUUUUCUUUUUUUUUAACAAUCCGGGUGUGAAACUAGUUCUUUCUCUAGAGGCUUUGGGAUUGAGGUAUCCAAAAGGAUAAAUUAAAAGUUUGAAG